CAUAACACACAGCAGUGGUUAUGAAACGGCGGCAGUGUAAACCCAGCACACUUAAUUAGACCUUUCCUGGGGCGAAUGGGUAUUGACAGUUUUUGCAGUUUAGACGGUUCUGAUCCGUUGUGGGAUUGGAACCGGACAUGGCAAACACACAAUCCAGACCUGACCCCAUGUUUCCAGAACACCGUGCUGGUUUGGAUACCCUGCCUCUACCUCUGGCUUUUUGCACCACUCUACAUCUUAUACCUCAAAAGCCAUGAUCGCGGAUACAUAUGCAUGACCCACCUCAACAGAGCCAAAACAGUUAUCGGGUUUACCCUAUGGCUUAUCUGCUGGGCAGAUGUUUUCUACUCUUUCUGGGAAAGAAGCCACGGGGCUACAGUAGCCCCAGUCUACCUAGUCAGCCCCACAAUGCUUGGUGUUACAAUGUUGCUGGCUACAUUCUUGAUCCAGUACGAGCGGAUGAAGGGAGUCCAGUCCUCAGGCGUGAUGCUCAAUUUCUGGCUGAUCACCAUAGUGUGUGCUACAGUCACCUUUCGCUCCAAGAUCAUGCACGCAGUGAAUGAUCCUGCAAGUGUGGGUGUGUUCAGAUAUACCACCUUUUACAUAUAUUACACCCUGCUGCUCAUCUCCCUGAUCCUGGCUUGCUUGUCUGACCAACCUCCACUGUUUUCAGAGGUCGUCAAAGACUCGAAUCCAUGUCCAGAGUCAGGAGCUUCAUUCCUGUCAAAAAUCACUUUCUGGUGGAUCUCAGGAUUGAUGGUGAAGGGUUAUAAACAGCCUCUGGAGGAGAAGGAUCUGUGGUCACUUAACAAUGAGGAUAAGUCUGAGAGAGUGGUGCCACAGCUGGUGCGCCGCUGGGACCAGGAAUGUGUUAAGGUCAAAAGGCCUGUAGACAAGACCUUGUACUCUCCAAAACGAUCUACAAGAGGAGAAAAGAAGGACGGACAACCAGUAGAGGAGUCAGAGAUUCUGCUUGCGAAAGCCCUUCAGAAAACUGGCGAACCAUCUCUCUUUUUUGCCCUCUGCCGGACAUUCGGACCAUACUUUCUCAUCAGCUCUCUGUAUAAGAUUAUACAUGAUGUCUUGAUGUUUGUUGGACCAGAAAUUCUCAGGCUGCUGAUCCUGUUUGUGAAUGAUUCAAGUGCCCCCACCUGGCAUGGCUACUUCUACACCGCCCUGCUGUUUGUUUGCACCUGCUUGCAAACACUUAUUCUUCAGAAAUAUUUCCACGUUUGCUUUGUGACUGGUAUGAGGUUACGCACAGCCAUAGUUGGUGCUGUAUACAGAAAAGCCUUAGUGAUUACCAAUGCUGCCCGGCGAACAUCCACAGUCGGAGAGAUUGUGAAUCUGAUGUCUGUAGACGCGCAGCGGUUCAUGGACCUCAUCACCUAUAUCAAUAUGAUUUGGUCGGCACCAUUGCAGGUUAUCCUGGCUCUGUACUUUCUGUGGCAGAAUUUGGGUGCUUCGGUGCUUGCAGGAGUUGCCGUGAUGGUGCUAAUGGUUCCUCUAAAUGCAGUCAUUGCCAUGAAAACUAAAACCUACCAGGUUGCCCAAAUGAAAAGCAAGGACAAUAGGAUCAAGCUUAUGAAUGAGGUGCUGAACGGCAUUAAAGUGCUUAAACUCUACGCAUGGGAACUUGCUUUCAAAGGCAAAGUAUCCGCUAUCCGAGAGAGCGAAUUGCGUGUGCUGAAGAAAAUGGCUUACCUUGGUGCUGUUUCCACCUUUACUUGGGUUUGCGCACCAUUUUUGGUUGCUCUCUCCACGUUCGCUGUAUAUGUUUUAGUGGAUGAACACAAUAUUUUGGAUGCUCAGAAGGCAUUUGUUUCUCUGGCUCUAUUCAACAUUCUUCGGUUCCCCCUUAAUAUGUUGCCCAUGGUAAUCAGCAGCAUGGUGCAGGCCAGUGUGUCUAUGCAACGUCUGCGUGUGUUUCUGUCCCAUGAGGAGUUGGAUGAUGACAAUGUGGAGCGGCCAGCCAUUUCUGGAUCUCCUGACAGCAUCAGGAUUAAAGAUGGAGCUUUUAGCUGGUCGAAAGAUGACCCCCCAACUUUGAAGAGGAUCAAUGUAAGUAUCCCUGAGGGGGCGCUGGUUGCUGUGGUGGGGCAUGUGGGUUCGGGGAAGUCCUCUCUGCUUUCAGCUUUGCUAGGAGAGAUGCAUAAGCAAGAAGGAUCUGUCUCGAUCAAGGGCUCUGUGGCUUACGUGCCUCAGCAAGCAUGGAUCCAAAAUGCCACUCUCAAAGACAACAUUUUGUUUGGACGGGAAACCAAAGACAGCUGGUACCAGAAAGUGGUGGAGGCCUGUGCUCUUCUACCAGACCUUGAGAUCCUUCCUGGAGGAGAUUCAACUGAGAUUGGCGAGAAGGGCGUGAAUCUGUCUGGAGGUCAGAAACAGCGUGUGAGUGUGGCCAGGGCUGUGUACUGCAACUGUUCAGUGUAUCUGUUAGACGACCCGCUCUCUGCCGUGGACGCACAUGUUGGAAAACACAUCUUUGAGAAAGUCAUCGGACCUCAAGGCUUGCUACAGGGCAGAACUCGUGUUUUGGUGACCCAUGGUCUGAGCUUCCUGCCCCAGGCUGACCUGAUCUUGGUUAUGGUGGAUGGAGAAAUCACAGAGAUGGGCUCCUACACUGAGCUGCUGGGCCGGCAGGGUGCCUUCGCUGAGUUCCUGCGCACCUACACCAACACUGAGCAGGAGGAGGGGGAGGAGUCAUUGGGAGAGGAGGGAGGGGAGGCAGAGGACGAAAUGGGAAAAUCUGAAGAUGCAGUCCCACGGAAAGGACUUGAGAAUGGAGGCCCUGCUGCCCUAUUGAGGCAGAGUCAGAUCUCUCUUAAUGCAACAGGCGCAGGUAAAUCCACACAGAAAACUGAAGCUAAUGAUGCUGCUGCCGCAACAAAGACCAAAUCUGCAGAAGCUUCCCGACUUACCGAAGCAGACAAGGCCAACACUGGCAGAGUGAAGCUGUCUGUGUUUUGGGAAUACAUGAAAGCGAUUGGCUUGCCCCUAUCCAUCUUCAGUAUCUUUCUGUUCUUCUGUCAUCAUCUGUCCUCUCUGGGCUCAAACUACUGGCUCAGUCUUUGGACAGAUGACCCCGUUGUCAACAACACACAGCCCAAAAGAGAGAUGCGAUUAGGGGUGUAUGGAGCUCUGGGAAUUUCACAAGGCAUUGCUGUGUUCUGCUAUUCUGUGUCAGUGUCUGUCGGUGGGAUCUUAGCCUCCCGCUACCUGCACCAGACAAUGCUCUAUAACGUCCUGAGAUCACCCAUGUCUUUCUUUGAACGCACACCCAGCGGUAACUUGGUCAAUCGCUUUGCCAAAGAGACGGACACGAUCGACUCUGUCAUCCCUAGCAUCAUUAAAAUGUUCAUGGGCUCUAUGUUCAAUGUUUUGGGCUCAUGUGCUGUCAUCCUCAUUGCCACUCCAUUGGUAGCCAUCAUCAUUCCCCCACUGGGCCUGCUGUACUUCUUUGUACAGCGUUUCUAUGUGGCAUCCUCUCGUCAAAUGAAGCGACUGGAGUCUGUGAGCCGCUCUCCAGUCUACACACACUUCAAUGAGACGCUGCUGGGCACCAGUGUGAUCAGAGCGUUUGGAGAGCAGCAGCGCUUCAUCAAGGAGAGUGAUGGCAGAGUGGACCACAACCAGAAAGCCUAUUUCCCCAGCAUUGUAGCAAACCGAUGGCUGGCGGUGAGGUUGGAGUUUGUGGGGAACUGUAUUGUGACGUUUGCAGCACUUUUUGCAGUGAUGGCCAGGAACAAUCUGAGUCCGGGUAUUAUGGGACUGUCCAUCUCUUAUGCGCUGCAGGUCACAGCAUCUCUGAACUGGCUGGUGCGGAUGUCCUCUGAGCUGGAGACUAACAUAGUGGCGGUGGAGAGGGUGAAGGAGUAUGGAGACACAGAGAAAGAGGCUGAAUGGAAAUUGGAGAACUCAAAUUUGCCUUCUGGUUGGCCAACCGCUGGUCACAUUGAAAUCCACAAAUUUGGCUUGAGAUACAGAGAGGACUUAGAGCUGGCGAUCUGUGAUAUCUCAGUUAACAUUGCAGGGGGAGAAAAGGUUGGAAUUGUGGGUAGGACAGGAGCAGGAAAGUCCUCUCUGACGUUAGGGCUGUUCCGCAUCAUUGAGGCAGCGCAGGGGGAGAUCCGAAUCGAUGGGGUGAACAUUGCUGAACUGGGCCUGCAUGAGCUGCGAUCCAGAAUCACAAUCAUCCCGCAGGAUCCAGUUCUGUUCUCAGGUUCAUUGCGUAUGAAUCUGGACCCCUUUGAUGGCUACACUGAUGAGGAGGUUUGGAGAUCUCUAGAACUUGCACAUCUCAAGACCUUUGUGUCUGGCCUGCCCGACAAACUCAACCAUGAGUGUUCAGAGGGUGGAGAGAAUCUCAGUUUGGGUCAGCGGCAGCUGGUUUGCCUGGCUCGAGCUCUUCUCAGAAAGACCAAGAUUCUGGUUUUGGAUGAAGCCACUGCAGCAGUGGAUCUAGAGACAGACAAUCUGAUACAGUCCACCAUCCGAACUCAGUUUGAGGACUGCACAGUUCUGACCAUUGCACACCGCCUCAACACCAUCAUGGACUACACAAGGGUGCUGGUUCUUGAUAAAGGCCAGAUGGCAGAAUUCGAUUCUCCGUCCAAUUUAAUUGCCAAGAAGGGAAUUUUCUACAAGAUGGCCAAAGACUCAGGUCUGGUCUGAUAAGUAGAUGGGCUGAAGAGCCUGUUCAUAAUAGACUUUCAGUAAGUAAAGCGCAUGGAGAGCAGAACUGGUGAGAAAUGGACUCUGAAGGUUCCUCUUCCAUGGGCCUGGAGCUCAAACACCCACACAGACGCACACACCGCGUGUAUGACACCACUCCAUUUUGCCACUCCUCAGCUAAUGUUUCUGUUAUCAAUCAUAUCAAAGGUGUUGCUGCAAAUGCUGCUUUAAAGGUUGUUUGAUGCCAACUUUUGGGAUGUUUGAUACCAAUUAGAUUUCUUCAUUGCUGUUUCGUUUGAUUUUUUCAUUACUUGUCAUCAAGUUUCAAUAGCAAGACUUCUUUUUAUAUUUUACUACUAAGCCAUUGUUUCCUGCUUGUGAUGAAAAUAUUUAUUUACAAAAUUAUUUGACUAGAACAAGUAAAGAACAAAGUUUCUCUGUGCAGUGAGCAGAUGUUUACUGACUAAACAGCUGCUCUAAAUCCUUACAUAAGCACGAGGGGCUUCAUCCCAAGCCAAAGUUCACUUUUAAAGCUAUUCUAGAAGAAUCUUUAACGUUUGUUUGAGUAUCUUUAAAAGGCCAAUUUGAUUAAAAAACAAAACAAAAGUUUCAUCUUCAGAAGCCAUUGUUUUCCCUUAUUUAGUUUUUAUUUAUUAGUUUGAGAAAAUCUGUUACAAUAUAUCAUUGAUUUCUUUUGUUUUAUCAUAUAACAUAUUUAUUACUGGGUAUAUCCACUGAUGGCCUCCUCUUACCAAAAUCCUGCAGUGAAAACAGAAUGCUACAUUUGCCUUCUGCUUUCAUUGGUGAAUGUAUUUAGAUGAUGUAUUUGAUUUAUGAUCUGUUUACUGUUACUUUAUUUUUCAGUGAUCAUUUCACCAAAAAAAGAAAGCUAUAAAUGCACUUAUUCUUUGUUCUGUAUAAUAAGGUCAUGGUAGGGUUUACUUAGUAAGAGUGAUAUUGUUUUCGAAAGUAGUUGGAAUUAUCAUUUAACCUUGACUUAACCAGUCAAAUACCCAAAUUGUAGUAGCUUUUAAGGACAGGUUGUUGUGUUGAUGCUGUACUUGCUGAGCUGUGUGCUGUAUACCAUAUAUCUGUUGAAUGUAUGCUUGAGUGCAUCACAUUGCUUCAUUCAUCGGCACCUCCACUCUAGGUUAUUUAAGCCUUUUGAGUUUUUUUUAAGGCCAAUUAGUUUUUUUUAAAACUGACAAAGACAAACUUUAAAUGAUAAAUAAAAGAUAUAUAUCUGAUUUGUUACAUAUUAAUAUGAUUUGUAUGUAAGCAGCAAUUUAUUAUUUGAUAUUUGUAUACAUGCACUAGUUUUAAGUGUGCUUAGUUUCAUAAAUAAGCAAAAUAUGUAAAGGGGAAAUAAAAUAUUUUUUUUGUAAAGUUUUA